UGAGGAGAGGUUGCCCUAAGUCCCGCCUUCCGUGUAUGGCCGGCCGCUGAUUGGUUGCGGGGAGCGGGGGCGCCGAUUGGCUCCCGCCGCGCGGAGCCGCUAGAGGUGAUAGGCCGAGGGGAGUGUCAGUCGUCGCGGCGCGGCUGAUUGGCUCCCGCUGCGUGGCGCUGCGGGAGAGGAUAGGCGGAGGGGAGUGUCAAUCUGAGGGGAGAGCGGGCGGGGCGGCCCCGCUUCUGGCGGCUUACAAACGGAUUGGCCGCGCGCCGGCAGCCAACCAGCGAGGCGUUGCGCCGGCACGUGGCCCCGCGCGCCCAAUCAGCGUUAAGCGCGGUCAAAAAACAUGCCGCGGCGCGAAGGCCUCUGGGAGUUGCAGUCCAACGCGCUGAGGGGACGGGGCGGCCUAAGCAUGGCGGCGAGGCGCGAGGCCUCGAGGCGGUGGGUCGGCGGUUUAACGGCCUUCUCUUCCCCCGCAGCCCCUGAGGAGCGGGCAACAUGGCCCGUACCAAGCAGACGGCCCGCAAGUCCACGGGCGGUAAGGCGCCGCGCAAGCAGCUGGCCACCAAGGCGGCCCGGAAGAGCGCUCCGUCCACCGGCGGCGUCAAAAAGCCGCACCGAUACCGGCCCGGUACGGUGGCGCUGAGGGAGAUCCGGCGGUACCAGAAAUCGACGGAGCUGCUGAUCCGUAAACUGCCCUUCCAGCGCCUGGUGCGAGAGAUCGCCCAGGACUUCAAGACCGACCUGCGCUUCCAG